AUCGAAAGUGUUCGCGUAUCUCGAAAUUUAAAUCCAAUAAAAUAAAUUAUAUGUAAAAAUGAGAUAUAUAAUUAUGCGACUAAAAAAAUAUGGAUACCUUAAUUUCAUAACCAAUUAGAAAGAAUAAUCGAUUAAGUGGAAUAUUAAUGAAUCAAAAACAUCGUGUACGUUGAGUGAAUUAUAUUAGCGUUAAAAUUCUAACCUCCAAUUGACGAAAAUGAAGAUCUAAUUUAUCUCCCACACGAAUAUCAUCCUGUCACGAGUACCGUUUGAUGCGCCAGUGACUCGUUUGCAGAAAGCUCUAACGAGGGAAAAGCUCGUGGAAGAAAAUGUGAAGCAUUCAAAAUGGAUGAUUCAUAAGAAGAACGUUCAACUUACUUGUUCUUUGGAAGACAACAAACUUCGAAUAUUCUUCGUUCGAAAGGAUGACGAUUGGGAAAAAUUUGAAAGACCCUUCGAUGUAAGAUAGAGAAAAAUUCGUGGCGCGGAUCGCGCGCCCAUCUUAAUCGCUUAUCUAGGACUCACCGAGCGUGGUAGUUGCUUGCAGUAUGUCUCAUCGUUUUGGCACAUGCGCAGUAACACAACCUACCCUAGGUAGAUAUCGUACAUAUGACCUUCAGCGGGUAUAGGAGAGGGUGAACAAAUUUGAACCAUAUAUUUGCAGCACACCCACGUUAGAGAACAAAUUAUGACGUUUAUGCAGCAAAAAUCUUUAAUCUUUAUGUAUUUAUAUACUUGAUGAUUCUUUCUUUAUUUUUUAAUAGAACGUAAUACGAAGGUAUAGUAAGAUGCUAGAUCACGAUUUGUAAGAUCUCAGAGUCGGUCUGAAAUCGAGUUACCCUUUCGUGCGUCAGAAAGGCGAUCGAUGGAUUUGGUUGUCCCGGCAACGCGCGAAUACCGUUGGAGGACCGCCGCAGAAGCAGAAACUCUGAUGGCGGGAGUGUCCGUGUGUUGGAGGAAAAGGGGUUGUUAAAGUGGUGGAGAGGAGUGAAGAGGAGUAGAAGAGUGGACGAGAACGCGACAACGACAACGACGACUGGUGGAGGUGGUAAUGGUGGUGGUGGUGGUGGUUGAAGUAAAGGAGGUGGAGGAGAGAUUGGCUGAUCGACUCUGAUCGACGCUAACGAUGCAGUGACAAAGUCAGCCACAGUAGAGAGAGGACGUUUCUUUUUAGGAGUCCUCUCCAAACCUUCUAUUGCGGAUUCUCAUGUUCUCCACGCGUUCUUUCACAAACAAUCAUCAUCGUCCCAGCUGACUAUCACGAUCAAUCUUUUCGCACAACGUCACAUCAAAAGGACAGAUUAUUAUUGUGCGAUGCCACGGAGGCCAACGUCCCUCCGCAGCAACAAUUUAAUAUCAAUCGAAUCAUCAAAACGGAAGGGACCACUUCGCGAGACGUCAAUGACGUUAGGAUGUACACUGCAAACGGCGAGAGGAAAGAACGAAACUCGUCAGAAAAUCUUUUCCUUCGGAGAUGGGUCGACAUGCCGAGACAUCUCCAAUUUAAUCCGCAUAUACAUACUGGUUACAGGCCUCUCAUGACCGUCCGUCAAUGUAUCGGUAGUCUCUUUUAUAUCCACAAUGAGACUGUCAACAUCAUGACGCACGGUUUCGCAAUUCUAUACAUGUUGUGGACCAUACCUCGUUGGCUUCCAUGGCAUACGCAAGGAAUACUCGGGGCAAUAUUAUCUUGGUGUCACUUGAUAGGGGCAGUUAGUCCAUGGAUCGGAUCCUUUAUUUAUCAUGUUUUCAUGAACGUUAAUUAUGACGAAGCCUUUUAUAGAUCGUUAUUAAGACUCGACAUGAUCGGUAUUUGGCUAUGUCAAAGUUUCGGAGCUAUUCCAAUGCUGGCAGCGUCGGUUCAUUGUUUACCUGAUAAUCACUGGUACUGCUGUAUUUUUAUUUACUGCUUUCUCAGUAUAUGGGGUCUUCUGAAGGCAAUGCACGCAAGAUCUCCGUGGGAAAGGAGACUAUGUUUUGCACCUCCUUUCUUGAUGAGAAUGUUCAUAAUGACCAUGAGGUGUUUUGGUAUCGGUGGUGGUUCACCCAAAGCUUUAACUCAUAUCGUCUUACAGGAUUUAAUAGCUGUAAUAGGUGCAAUUGUCGGUGCUCUUCGUAUUCCCGAAAAAUGGAUGCCAGGAAAAUUAGAUUUCAUGUUGAAUUCUCACAAUCUGAUGCAUGUGUUGGUCGUUCUAGCUGUUUGUUCGAUGCAUACAGCCACUAUCGAGGAUCUAACUUGGAUGGCUGAUCAAUCCACGUGUAAUGAAACAAAUACUUCUUCGAUGAUAAACGAAGAAUUGUGAUCGAUUUGUAAUAACGUCAUUUUGCAAUAGUCUGUGAUAAGAUACAGCUGAUAAAUUGUUCAAUGCAAUUGUAUAAGGAGCUAAGAAUUCUGAAAUGUUUCAUAAUCGAUACAUACGUGGUUCAAAAGUAAGAAGCUAAUUUUAAAACUGUUUGAUAAUAUGGAUCAUAUGUACAGGAUGUUCGAAGUACAAGUGCAAGUACAAAGAUAUAUGUAUAUUAUAUAUAUUAUGCGAUAUAUAAUAUAUAUUGUUUCGGUAUCGAUAGUGAAUAUGGUGGCUUUAUGUAAUAUAUAUAUAUAUAUAUAUUACAUGAAUAUCCAAAUUCAUGUUAAUAUAUGACUUCGAAGUCGAAUCACGCAGCAGGAUUGCGGAUUUAAUAAGAAAAGGAAGAGUCUGUUAAGACGAUAUGUUUUCUAAGUAAAAUAGGCAUUCUAAGCACAUCAAAAAUAUGUUUAUUAUAUGGUUGUAAUUAUCGAUAUCAUCACCUACCAAUGUCUCCAAGACGUUUCCAAUUUCUCAUUUCUAUAAAUUCUUACACUUUACUAUACCAAAUCCGAUAUUUAGAGAAAUAAAAUUGUUCAAAAAUAUGGACGUUCAUUAAAUUCCAUCAUCGCUCAAUUAUAUACAGUACUAUAGUUUUUUUCGAUUUGAAUUCUUUUUUAAUGAUCUUAAUUUAAAACAAUAUUAAUAGUCACAUAGUAGAUGUAGACCAGGUCAAUAAAUAGAUCUUUCAACUUUUUUGACAUCUAUUAAAUAAUUAGCUUUCGUGUAAUAUAGAGUUAAUUGAUGUAUAUUAAUACUUUUAUGAUUUCUUCUUUUUACGUGUACUUUGAUUGAAAGUAUAUUGCAAGUUAGUUCACUUAUAGUUUAUCAUUAUUUUUAGCGAUCGCAUGAUAUAUAAAGAUUUUGAAUCAAAUAUUAUAUACAUAUAUAAAUGUACCAUGCGUUCACUAUCAAAAUUAAAUUCUAACAACUAUUUAGCGAAAUAGACCGUACGUAUAAUUAUUUUGAGAUGAAAUUAAAAUGAUACAACAUUUCACAUAUAAGCACCUACUUUUAAAAGCACAUAAGGCACCAUAUAUGUGCUUAAAGCAAUAAUAAAUUACAAUGAAAAGUUAUGUAUAGGUAUAUGAAUAUAUAUAUAUAUAUAUAUA